AUGCCAACCUUAAGGACUUUACUCAUUUUCAUAAUCACUGGAUCCUUGGUUAAGGGAAGCGACAAUGCCCAGCUACAAUUCCUCAACAAACUCACCGAUAUCAUUGGCAAUGAACGGGUGUUUGAGACAAUUGUAAUGGUUUGGCAUCAUGAAGAUGAGGAUUGUUUUCUCCAGCAUUGGAAUCCCAACGGAGUUCCCAUUCUACGGUCCAAUGAGAUGGGCGAGAUCCGAAUAAGGGGCACUUUUAAUAAAAAUGCAGUAGCAAUUGUCUGUCUCACGGGAAACUCCUUUCACGACUCCCAUCUCCUUGAAGCUGUUGCAGGAGCUUUCGAGACAUUGCGUCAGCAGAGGAUCCUACUGUUGACCAAAAGAAAAAUAUCAAGGAAAUUUAUUAAAUGGAUCUCCAUUCAAGCGGGGAAGCAUAAAUUUAUGCGUAUGCUAGUUCUGGAAAUAGGUGGUCUUCCCACUGAAGUCACUUCAUAUCGCCUUGAGGCCUUUCCCAUACCUCAUUUUAUUCGAAUCAGGAAUAUUUCGAAAAUCAAAGAGAUCAAGUUCUACAAUCGAAAGUACGAUUUUCAAGGAAAGACGAUUUUUGUCAAGCCAAGCACGGACGAGGAUGGAAAUGUAGGAACUAGUCUUUAUCCCAUAACCCGAUUGGAGGACAUGGAGGUCAUAGAGUUUAUCCGGAAGUACAAUGGGAGUUUGAAAGUGCUUGCUGGAAACCACAGUGAUGAUGAUGUUUGUGAUAUCCAAUUAAGUACGCAGAUUAUAACCCUGGCAAACGUAUCUACACAAAUGGACUUAGUAAAUCCCCAUUCUGCAGCAUCUCUAUUGGUUGUUGUGCCCUGCAGCAAUGAGCUGAGCUUUGAGGAUGUUUUAAGAAGCCUGGGAGUCCUGACAUGGAUGUGGUACCUACUAUGCGUUUAUGCUGCCUUUGUCUUCGUGGAGACCUUAAUUCUUGUGGUAACACAUCGCUUAACUGGAGAAUAUCGUUUGCUUACCCUAUGGAAUCCACUCAUGAAUCUGCGAGCAUAUCGGGCCAUUCUAGGCCUUUCCUUUCCAGAGUUGCGACGAGCAAGUCUCUCACUUCGACAACUUUUUCUGGCCAUUACACUGUUUGGAUUCAUAUUCAGUAACUUCUUCAGCUGCAAGCUGAGUGCCUUGCUCACAAGUCCUAUAAAACGAGCUCAAGUCCGAAACUUUGAGGAGUUGAGAGAGAGCGGAAUGAUUACAGUCACAAACAAUUACGUUCGUUCGUAUAUCGAGAAUGAAAUCGAUCCUGAGUUCUUUCAAAGGGUUAUCCCAAAAUUUAUAACCGUGGGACACAUGGAACGGCAAGUUGUCGACUACAAGUAUUAUUGUGAGUCACCGGACUUAAUUAUCACUGAGAACUUACCUUGGGUAUAUGUAAUGCCGAAUAACUCGUUCUAUAGCUGGCCAUUAUCCCGAUUCCUAAUGAGUGUCCACGAGAGCGGUAUUACCAAACAUUGGAUUAAGACAAUUAUCAAGCGUUUGGCCAAGGCCUUUAAAGUAAAGGUGCCGCAAAGAAAAUCAGAAGCAGCUCCCAUAAGUUUGCAGAAUCUGAGCUGGUUGUGGGAACUACUAAUCUUGGGCUAUGUUAUAGCCACUUUGCUGCUGAUUAUUGUGGCCCUGGCCAGUGGAGCCACUCGUGGCCGAGAUUACCUGCCACGCCCCCCGGCAAAGGCUUACGUCUACCCCCCACCAUCACCCAGCACAAUGGCUGCCCUGCGGAGGAUCAUCCAGGGACACCUGGAGCGCUUCCACCAGGCGGAACUGAAUCAGCAGGCGCAACAGCAGACCCAGUUCUCCCGCCGGGCCCUUGCCCAACAGACGAAGGCGGAAUUGGGGCAAAAGCCGCAGGCCAUGAUGCAAGUGUAUGUGGUUUCCGGUGCCGCCUCCGACAACGUCCUGGAGUAUGCAGUGCCCCCCAAUUCGCCGACGCCGAAGAACUAUGCGCAGAACUUCCUGCCCGAGGGCAAGGAUGUGGUACCCGGAAGCUCUUACAUUCCGCUGCGGUUGCUAGUGAUAAAGCGCUGA